AUGGUACUCUUGGUACAAAGGCUUAGCAAAGUCUACUUCAAGCUGGAGAAUCAUUUACACCACCACCGCCAUGAACCUGAAGCUUUGCAAGCUUCUCUUCAGGAUUUUGAAUCACAUAUUUCCAUUUGCUUAACCCAAUUGUCGAAACCCGGAUCGGAAUUCUUGUCCCUGUCAUGGAUUCUGCAAUGCUUUGAGAUCCUUCCAAGCGUCAACAAGGCUUUUGCAAAGCUGGUUGUGGAUAUAGACUACCCCAUGUGUAAAUGGGAGGAGAAUUCUGUGGAGGAGUAUCUCGAGUUCAGCUUGACUUUAUUGGAGCUUCUUAAUUCAAUUUCCUCGUCUGUUUCUCAUCUGGGUCACGCUCGGCUUUGUCUUUCUCAUGCUGUAGACCUUGUGGAGAGUUCACCUUCUUCGGCUAUUGAGCGUCUCAAGGCUGUUCAAGUAAAGGGUUCAAGCUCAAUCAAAGAUGGUUUCAGAAAGACUCAAAACAAGGAAGACGGUGAUGAAAGGUUGAAUUUUUCCAGCAAAGAAAAGAUUCUUCAUCUAGCUUUGUUGGAAGUAAAGAGAGUUGGAUUGUGGAUCUGUGGCGUUAUUUUAGCGGGAUUGUCUGGAGAUUCUAAACCAUACUUGGAAACGAUCAAAGAACUUGGAGGAUUAUCAGGCUCUACUCUGAGCGGUUUGGAUUCAAGUUUCUGUGAAGCAAUUAAACAAGGGGUUGUGUUGAAGGAGGUGAGAGAGCUGAAUGAUUCAGCUGCUUGCUUUGCAGCUGCCAUUGAAGCUGGAAAUAGCAGCCAUGGAGUGGAGGAAUUAAAAAGAAAAUUGCAGGCUUUUGAGAAGCUGAUAGACAGCUUAACAAAGGAGGUUGAUCUUCUCUUCUCCAUGCUUUUAGCUGGAAGAAAUGAACUGCUUAAUGGCAUUAGAAAAGUAUUGAAUUAA